AUGGAUCGGAAAAAACUUUUGCAGACAUUUGCGCUGUCGUACCUCCUUUUUUUUCAGCUUGUGAUCGGCACAGAUGAACUAAAGGAAAGAGUAAGUUACUUAAAGCCAUGUAAAGUAUUCAUUUUUGUAGAAACGUUUUUGAGUCAGGCACAAAUUUAACUUCGACAUUCGAGUGGUGGUAAGAACGGGCUGUUCGGAUCAGGAUGUGGCGAGCAAUUCUUUCAAAACUGUAUGAAAAUUUCCACUAUUGUCGGGAGUUCACUUGUAAGGACUUAUUUUUCCAGGUGUUAUUAACAGGUCAAAUAUAUAGACUUAAUUCACCGCAGUUACAGAGUUACAAAGUUAUUCGUCUCCUGGAGAAGUGAUCGUCGAUCACAAGUCAUCCAAGGAGUGUCUCUUGGGUUCUUCAGAGAGUGGCAUGUAAAGUCGCAAUUAAAUGUUUUACAAUUGCAGGAGAUAAGGGAAAAAGGCUGUCCAGUAAAAGCAGGCCUAGCAGGUCGAGAUGGAUUACCGGGACGAGAUGGAGCACCAGGACGGGAUGGACUGCCGGGACGGGAUGGUGCACCUGGACCCAAGGGGGAAGUGGGACCACCAGGGCCAGCGGGAAUCAAAGGAGAGCCUGGGACCCAAAGGAGAUGGAAACAGUGUUUUUGGAACCACAUCAAUUCUGAGACUGAUAAUGGAAAAGUUCUGGUAUGUAUUCCGAGAAGGCAAAUAGUUGGUGCUCACUCUUACAGUAGAGAAAGGUGGAGGGGGAUAUAUAGCAGUCACCAUUGUCAAGAUUGAACAGGAAGACGAAAAAAGAGAUAUUUACUGCAUCAAUGCAUCUAAUAAAUUGUUUUGAACCUUUCCUUUUAAGGAAUGUCCGUUCACCAAGGCUGCCCCAAACACAUACCUCCGUGUUGUUUACAUAGGCAACCUUCGCAUCGCCGGCUGCAAACACUGUUGCAUGAGAUGGUUUUUAACCUUCAACGACAUCGAAUGCAAGGCUCCCGCUGCUAUUGAUGCUGUUGUCUACCAGAAUGUCGACCUGAAUAUCCAUCGCCCCGCCAACGUAGAGGGCUACUGCACAGGAAUCGGCAAAGGCCUCGUGCGUGUUGGCUUGCACGUCGGUCAGUGCCAUGGUUUUGGUAUUUUCAACGCUUACACCGGCUGGAAUUCAGUGAGCAGGAUCAUUAUUGAAGAGAUUGAGCCUCCUGUUGCUUAAAUAAGCAGCAGUGCCCUUUCCACCCGCUAGUU